GGUUCCCCAUCACAGCGUCCCGUUUCAGCUCCCUCUGGUGGUGAUGAAGCUUUUGCAAUCAGUCGCCCUCGGUUUCAACGUCCCAUGUCUGAAAUUAUAUGUCAUCAUUGUCACACUGCUGGCCAUUAUCAAAAGUUCUGUCGCCAACGCAAUUUCUGCGUAUAUUGCAAGAAGAAGGGACAUAUCAUCACCGAGUGCCGCCUAAUUCAGCCCCGUUCGUCUGGUCUGUCUCGUGCCGCUGCUGCCGCACCAACUGGUGGUGCCUUUGCUGCUCAACCAGUUCCUGUUGCUGAAGCUACUCCGAGUCCGUAUAUGACUGCCGAGGCCGUGGAGCAGCUUGUCCAUUCCGCGCUGCAACGUUCGUUACCCACAGCCAUCACAAGUGCCUUUGCCUCCCUGCAUAACUCUGGACCUGAAAACGGGGAGGCAGAUCGGAAGGGGGAGUAAACUUGGUCGGGUAUUUCAGCUGGAGGCAUUGUCAGGUCAACCUCAAUCUUCGUCGGGCUUUCAUUCCUCUGGGUCGCAGUCCUCUCUUGAGUCUCAAUCUUUGGUUUCGUCUCCUGUUUUUUCUAGUUUGCCGAAUAGUGAGUUUGAAUUAUGGCAUUCGCGUUUAGGUCAUCCCCAUUCGAGUCGGCUUGUAACCAUGUUUAAACAACAGCUUUUUGGAAAUAAAAUGGUCGAUUUUGCCUCCGG